AUGGCUCCCGCCCGCCUAGAGCCGCCCGGGGGCCGUGGCCGCGGACCCCCCACACCCCAGGGGCGGAGCGAGGCGCGGAGACGUCAGGGCGGAGAACGAGCGCGGGACGAGCGCGCCCUCCCGGCGGCUGCCCGCGGCCGGAGCCACCCCCGGAGCAGAUCCCCGGCCGCCCGUAGGCUUUCCCUGGGGUUCCAGGAGCUCCCCCCGGGGUGCCCAUCAAUUUCCUGGGGUGACUACAGCGUGUGUUUUGUUUUUCUUUCUUCUUUCGCUCGCUGUGUGCCCUUCUCCAGGAUGGCAGAGGCGGAAUUGCACAAGGAAAGGCUGCAAGCCAUAGCAGAAAAAAGAAAGAGGCAGACGGAGAUAGAAGGCAAGCGCCAAGAGCUGGACGAGCAGAUACUUCUGCUGCAGCAUUCCAAGUCUAAAGUACUUCGAGAAAAAUGGCUGCUGCAGGGUAUACCUGCUGGAACCGCGGAAGAAGAGGAAGCCAGGAGGCGGCAGUCUGAGGAGGAUGAGUUCAGAGUCAAACAGCUUGAAGAUAACAUUCAGAGUUGCGCGGACACCUGUGCCUUCCAGAUGGAGACUGUUCUCCCUCCGGGGCUCAAAGGCCAGAGGCGCCGUUGCCCUUGGGUGCCCUGUCGGCGGCUCAUGGAAGCUCAAGCUGUCAGUGGCCGCAGGCGGUAA